AGGCUGUCCAUUUCCUGGAGCGCAUUCACGGAGACGAGGCGUUUGUUUGGGGGAAGAUGCAGUUCGUUCAUUUCGCUGUGUACGGGUAGUUGUUGUGGGUUGAUGUAUUGAACGGUAGUCGUUACUGAUAGUUACUGCUUGCUAGUUUAGAUAAGCCUUGAGCAAGUAGAUGCAAUGGAUGAUAUGUGAAUGUAGCCUGCCGUUUAUCAUUGUUCAUCCAUCCAGCAGUACGCUGCCAUCACUGUCCGUCCCAGACUAACAAGAUCACAAUGUCACACAUCGACCCAAGGUAUUGCCGUGACUACCUUCACGGGUCAUGUGAUCGGGCCAAUUGUCGCUAUGAGCAUGCAACAGUCGCAGAACUAAUGGGACGUGGUGAGGACAUUGGACGACUCAUCUUCUGUAGAGACUUCCAAAGGAGCAAUUGCUUUCGUCCGCUAGGAACAUGUCGGUUCAUCCAUGCUACAACAUACGAUGAGCAAUUCUACCGCUCCCACAAGAUACUACCGCCGCAUCUCAUGCAGAACCUUCCAACCAACAUCUCCAUGACAUUGCUGUGUCCUAUACAAACUGCUGGAGGCUAUUCACCGGGUGCUGACCCCGAGCAGUACAUGUCUAGUGUUACAGGCAUGCCACACAGCGCAGCUGGUCCUCCACUCAAUGCUCCACCUCUAGUCCUAUCCACUGGUAGGUACGGUGCAACAUUGCAAGCAGUGCCUCCUCAGCAAAUGCAGCAACAGCAGCAUGCCCCAACAGUGUAUCCUGCAACAGCUGCAACAGCGUUAGCUAGCAAUGGGGCAGGGUUAAUGCAGGUGCCCUACACUCAAGUUGGUCAAGCUGGACAAGUCCUGACAGAACCUGUUGCAGUCAUGUCUGAUUAUGCGGCUAUGGCUGGUCACACUGGUCAUGCAGGUCAUGCAGGUCAUGCAGGUCACAUUGUACCAGGUCAGUCUCAAUCACCGUUGAUGAACAGCCAGGGAAACCUACUUAAUCCCGUAGCCGGGCCCAUUGCACCCUCAACACUGCACCAGCAGCCGACAAUACUUGCUCAGCAACAGCCUCCACAUCUUGUGAAUGUCGCACCACGCCCACCAGCACAUUACCCGGGUCACCACCUACAUCCUUACCAAGCCGCAGCUCUACAGCCAGCGUUCACCUCACCUCUCCAUUCUCGUACACCUAGCUUUGGAAAUCCAGCCGGUAUUCUAACAUCGCCGAGUGUUCAGCGACCAGGAAUGGUGUAUAAUGCACCGGUGAUGCCGCAGCAUGGCACGGUACCUGCUACUAGUACUGGCAUGCACUGGUCAUCCACACAUACACCAUCUGCAGCUGUGCAUGCUCCACAUCAAUAUGCUGCCUACAAGCCGCAUGCAUCGUUACCCAGAGGAGUAGCCAAGGUUGUAGCUCACCACAGAACACAACCUGCCAUUGACCAAGACACGGAUGCUGAAGCAGAUGCUGAAGCUCCAGGCAUUUUGCAGCCACAAACAGAAGAUGUGACAUCCAAGCCUGACCCGCACCGUCAAGAGACUGAUUCGGACGAUUUGCAGCAAUCCACUAUAGAAGUGAGUGUAACAGCUUCUGGCUCUCACCAAUCCGCAAGAACAUCGCCAUCACCAUCAUCAAGCGGCAGGACUCCAGCUAUAACAUCAACACACGCGUCACCUAUGGUUUCAAUGAGUGCUACAGCGACAUACUCCAGCAACACACCACCAUCAGCACUUCUAAGCCCAGCACAGUACAGUGCAGCAGUGGUAGUGAUGCCAGCAGGGCAACAUCACGUGAAGUAUGCAGACACGUCCAUUGAAAGCCUGAACAAUGUAGCAGGUCACCUUGGAAGGCUGUCCUUGAAAGACCCACUGAACUCGUCUCCGGGUGCGGAGCACAUGACAGGACGACGCUGUGCAGCAGACCGUGUUAAUAGCGUCAGCUCCACAGAAGAAACAAGGGCCUAGUGUAUCCGCACUUACGCGGUAUCAGUACAAGGACAAUUAGCAUGUACAGAAUAUCCAAGGCAACCAGUAACUUGAGUCAUGUUUACGUUGCGAAUAGUCCAUCUAACCAAGAACCUAACAGUCCAAUUGUGUGUAGUAUGAUCCAUCUUGCCUGAUGUGUACGUGUGUUGCCAUCCCUAUGGCUAGUGGAGCGGAAGAUUGAUCUCACCAAAUAUGGAUAUUUCUCCUUCAAUCCGGCACACUGAGGCGGACACGGUUAUUUUGAUCCACCGGCAACACGGGUAGUACACUAUGCCGGGCACUGAGUUGCUCUGCCUUCAAUUGCAACUGGCCUACGGUACAGUUCAAUGAUAAUCAUCUGAUCAUGAGCGGAUAAUUCUGGUCAACCGUGAUCAGAUAACAAUCUGAGAACUGUAUUUUGAACUUCGACUUUGGACUUUGGAUUGCAAAACUUGAUAACGUGACUCUGGACAAUUUGUCAAUUCUUUUAUUCAUAUUUUUUCUGAAAGUAUCCGUUUCUAUACCAGUGCGUGGAUUAUGUUGCUAUCAUAAUUAUUUUGCCAGGUAAACUAUCAUAACCAAUCAUGGUGGAGGAAUGCAACAUUCCAUUGGUUGUCCAAUUUAGCAAACCUCCACCUCUCCAGGCAGGAUUCAAGUCAAAUGUUCUAUUUUUCGAUGAGCUGAGAAAUCACCAGAUAAUUUGA